AUGGAUGCGGGAGUUUCUGGAACGGAUCAGGAAUCCAAUUUCCAGAAAUUCGAGAUGGAAUCAUCAUCAUCAUCCCCUGAUCAUCAGUUCCACUCGAUGAACGCGCUUGAGAUUUUGAGGGAAACCGUUCGGAUUCUCCGGUAUAAUCUAGGCGCUUUCGUGUUGAUCGCAGCUCUUUUGAUCUGUCCUGUUUCCGCGAUUCUAUUACCGAACCUCUUGGUUGAUCAAUCGGUGGUUCAUUCACUGACGGUGAGGCUUCUCUUAGCCGCGAAAUCGAGUGGUCUCCCUUUGUUGCCUUUCGUGAGGAACUCGUGUCAGAAAUUCUCCGAAACAGCUGUUUCCUCUGCCACGUGUUUCCCUCUGUUCAUCACACUCUCGCUUUUAUCAAGAGCAGCCGUUGUUUACUCUGUGGACUGCACCUACUCGAGGAGAAACGUUGUGAUAAGCAAGUUCCUGGUGAUAAUGCAGAGACUGUGGAAACCUCAUUCUUCGUUCUUGGAUUUCUCUCCUGAUUUCAACGCAUAUGGAGCCAUCUUAGUUGGUUUGGUGUUCUCGGUAGUGUUCGCAAACGUCAUAAUAAUCUGCAACACGACGAUCUUGAUCUCGAUUCUUGAAGACGUCUCGGGACCAAGUGCGUUGGUGAGAGCAAAUGAUCUGAUCAAAGGGCAGACUCAGGUUGGUCUGUUGAUAUUCUUAGGGUCAACGAUAGGAUUGACGUUUGUGGAAGGAUUGUUUGAGCACAGAGUGAAGAUCUUGAGCUACGGAGAUGGCUCUUCGAGGAUAUGGGAAGGUCCACUUCUUGUGGUGAUGUAUUCGUUUGUGGUGCUUAUCGAUACGAUGAUGAGUGCUGUCUUCUAUUUUAGCUGCCGCUCUUAUAGUAUGGAAGCUGUUGAAGCCUUGGAAGCCUCUGGAGGCGAAACUAGGCCGAUUCUUGAAGUCGUGUCCCAAGACUCAAAAAAGAUGAAGUUCGGGAAAAUAUUCAAGAAGCAAAUGGUGCCCGAGUGGGUUGAAGCUUAUAUGGACUACAAUGGCAUGAAGAGGGUUUUAAAAGAGAUUCGUAGCUACAAACACAGUAAGAUGAACAGAGCAGCCUCUAAAGCAUCGCAGCAAGCAGCAGAAGCGUUGCACCGUUCGUUUAGUGGACUCUCGUUCCAUCCUAGGAACAGUGAACACGAAGGAGACAUUGAGGACCAGGUCAUAAAAGUUGACACGGUUCAUCAAGACGACGAUGAUUCUCGUACGCUGUACAAGACGAAGUUUCUGAAGAACGCUGAAGAAGGAGGGGAGUUCGAAGAGACGUUCUUUAGAAAGCUCGAUGAGAAUCUAAACAAAGCCAACAGGUUUUACAGGGACAAAGUUGAUGAAGUGCUUGAGGAAGCUGCUUUGCUAGAUAAGCAAAUGGAUGCACUGAUUGCUUUGAGGGUCAAAGUGCAGAAACCUAAUGCAAAGAACAUGAAUCUGGAGAAGCAUCCUUCUGAUAAGGUCGUUGUGGAUACAUCUGAUAGCUCAAUGAGGGUACCUGGUAGUGCGAACACAGAUAUGGUGCAUGGUAUUGACAGAACUAGCAUUCCGGAAGAAGAGGCAUCACAUAUUGUGGCUGACAUUGUUCCGGUUUCUCAUACUGAUGGGAACGAAGAGGAAGCUGGUACUGGUGAUAAGCAGGAUCUCCGUGAGAUACUAGAGCGUGUGAAGAUGAAUGAUGCGCUUGAAUCUCCUAUCUCUACAUUGAAAGGGGUUUUUGGAGAUUCUAGAAGCGAUGAACCAAUCUCCAAGAAAGGGUUGAAAAGAGCAGAGGAACAGCUGAGGCUUGUUUUUAGUGAGUUCUAUCAGAAACUUCGCCGUCUGAAGGAAUACAGUUUCAUGAAUCUUCUGGCAUUCUCAAAGAUCAUGAAGAAGUAUGAGAAGAUUGCUUCAAGGAAUGCGUCAAGGAACUACAUGAAAAUUGUGGAUAAUUCAUUGAUUGGGAGUUCUGAUGAGGUUAACAGACUCCUGGAGAGAGUAGAGGUAACUUUCGUUAAGCAUUUUUCAAGCGGAAAUCGAAGAGAAGGCAUGAAGUGUCUAAGACCAAAGGUUAAAAGAGAAAGGCACAGAGAUACAUUCUUCUCUGGUUUCUUCUCUGGCUGCUCCAUUGCACUAGUUAUUGCUGUGGUUUCGAAGAUAGAAAAUAGAAAGAUCAUGGAGAAGGACUACGGUACUGAAUACAUGGCGAAUAUUAUCCCGCUCUACAGGCAAUUAUCUAAUUCUAUUCACUUAUUUGGAUACAUCAUUCUUCAUAUGCUCAUGUACUCAGCGAAUAUAUACUUCUGGAGGCGUUAUAGAGUCAACUAUACCUUCAUCUUUGGUUUCAAGCAAGGAACAGAGUUGGGUUACAGAGAAGUUUUCCUCGUAAGCACCGGUCUCGCGGUGCUUGCUUUCUUAUGUUUCUUGCUAAAUUUGCAGCUUGAUAUGGACUGGAGGAUAAAAGAUCACAAGACACUCCCUGAAGUUAUUCCUUUGUGUUUGGUCACUAUUGUUCUUUUCAUACUGUUUUGUCCUUUCAACAUCAUAUACCGCUCAAGUCGGUUCUUCUUCAUUCGAGCACUGCUUCACUGCAUUUGUGCCCCUCUUUACGAGGUUACACUUCCAGAUUUCUUCUUGGCGGAUCAUCUAACCAGUCAGGUACAAGCCAUUAGGAGUUUUGAGCUAUUCAUUUGCUACUAUGGCUUAGGAGAGUACUUGCAGAGACAGAACAAGUGUCACAGUCAUGGUGUUUACAAUGCUUUCUACUUUGUUGUUGCUGUUAUACCUUACUGGCUACGCUUCCUUCAGUGCAUACGCAGAUUAUGCGAAGAGAAAGAUUCCAUACACGGAUACAACGCUCUGAAAUACAUGCUGACAAUCAUUGCGGUGAUCAUAAGAACAGCAUUCGAACUGAAAAAGGGAAGAAACUGGAUGAUCUUGGCUCUUGUAAGCUCAGGUGUUGCGACGGGUAUGAACACGUUCUGGGACAUUGUCAUAGACUGGGGACUCCUCCGUAGGCAUUCCAAACACCCAUACCUGAGAGACAAACUUCUUGUCCCUCACAAAAGCGUCUAUUUUGCAGCCAUGGUAGUGAAUGUGAUUCUGAGGGUUGCAUGGAUGCAGCUAGUGUUGGAGUUCAACUUGAAGUCUCUUCACAAGAUCGCUGUAUCAACUAUUAUCUCAUGUUUAGAGAUUGUUCGUAGGGGAAUGUGGAGCUUCUUCAGGUUGGAGAAUGAACACUUGAAUAAUGUUGGCAAAUACAGAGCUUUCAAGUCAGUUCCACAUCCUUUCCAUUACUACGACGAUGAUGACAAAGACGACUAAUAUUUUUCUCUGAUUCACUGCUAAAUAAUAUUCGAUAUUUAUUUAUGUAUUCAUCAAAGGAAAAACGUAGUAAUCAAAUAUAUUUAUAAUAUGGACGAAGAUUAUGGCAUUGUUUAAAUUGAUCAAAGAAUCUUCUUCAGUGUUCAACUUUGACCUAAUAGAGAGUUUUACAUUUA